AUGUUUAUUCACCCUGAAGGAAGAGGAAAGGGAGGAGGGGGAGGAGGUGGUGGCGGCAAAGGCGGAGGCGGUGGAGGUGGUGGCGGCACUGGGUCUGGCAGUGGUUCUGGCUAUGGAAGUGGCAGUGGCUCUGGAUACGGGAGUGGUGGUGGAAGGGGCAGCGGAGGCGGAGGCGGAGGUGGAGGUGGAGGCGGAGGUGGUGGUGGUGGAGGAGGAGCAUCUGGUACUGGUAGUGGUUCAGGGUCUGGAUAUGGAUCUGGCUAUGGUUCAGGAUAUGGGUCAGGUGGAGGAGGAGGAAAGGGAGGAGGGGGAGGAGGUGGUGGCGGCAAAGGCGGAGGCGGUGGAGGUGGUGGCGGCACUGGGUCUGGCAGUGGUUCUGGCUAUGGAAGUGGCAGUGGCUCUGGAUACGGGAGUGGUGGUGGAAGGGGCAGCGGAGGCGGAGGCGGAGGUGGAGGUGGAGGCGGAGGUGGUGGUGGAGGUGGGAACGGCUCUGGCUACGGCUCAGGCUACGGCAGUGGCUCCGGUUAUGGAUCUGGAUACGGUAGUGGUGGUGGUGAUGGGGGAUAUGUUGAACCAUGAAACUUUUUCUAUGAACAUAAUUCAUCUUUGACAAUCAGUAGUAAUUCUUGAAAUAAAUUGCAUGGCUUCACAAGGGGUGAACCUUUAGGACCUGCAUGGAUUGGCUGCAUUCAUAUGUUUCAUUAAUCAUUGUACAGCACAUCAUGAUAUUUUAUAUCUACUGCAUGAUUAUUUGUUUCGAUCUAGCUAAUAUUUUGGAUCUCAACACCCAUAAUAAUAACCUCAGUUUUACGAAA